CCCCAUAACCUUUCAAGCCACUCCCCCUUCGCUCCUCUCUCUCUCUCUCGUUUUGGCCACCCUUUCACUUCCUAUUCACAGUACACAAAUCUCUCUCUUUCUCUCUCUCUCUCUCUCUGCAAGAAAAUGGCGAUCAAGAAGCCGAACAAGCUCCCGCAGACGGCAGUCCUGAAGCAGAUCCUGCGGCGGUGCUCGAGCCUGGGGAAGAGGUCCUCCCAAGGGUACGAAGAACAAGGAGGAGGGGCCUUCCCCCUGGACGUGCCCAAGGGACACUUCGUGGUCUACGUGGGCGAGAACCGGACCCGGUACAUCGUGCCCAUCUCGUUCUUGACCCGGCCCGAGUUCCAGAUCCUGCUCCAGCAGGCGGAGGAGGAGUUCGGGUUCGACCACGACAUGGGCCUCACCAUCCCCUGCGAAGAGGUCGUCUUCCAGUCCCUGACGUCGACGCUCAGAUAGACAAGGAGAAGUCGGCGAGACUCGAGAAAAGCUUCCUGAGGAUUUUCUUUGUUAGGUUUUUUUUCUUUUCGGUUUUCUUGCGUAGGCGGAAGGUUUGAAGAAGACGAAGCUGCUUCAUACUGCUUCUCUAUUAUGUCUUUCUUUUCUUAGCCCUUCUUUUAUCUUUUGGGAAUUGGGACUUCAGUGACUCUGACUACCAAGGGAUCCCAGGAAUAUUAUCUGGGGGUCGGAUCUGUAAAUGUUUCUCUCCAAGGUUCUGUAAUUUUUGUCCCCUCACGGUCGUGUUCGGUGGGUUUACCACCGAUUGACCCUGUGAGCGAGGAUUGAACUGAUGUGAAAAUUAAUCAAAUAUUAAUCUUGAUGAUGAUGA